AUGGACAUCAACACAGACCCUAGUUACAACAGGGCCAUGAAACCAGACCAAGAGCUCAUCGACAGUAUCAGCCACAAGCUGCAGGUACUCCGGGAAGCCCGUGAGAGCCUGCUGGAGGACAUCCAAGCUAAUAAUGCUCUGGGGGAUGAGGUGGAAGCCAUUGUGAAAGAUGUCUGCAAACCCAAUGAGUUUGACAAGUUCCGGAUGUUCAUUGGAGACCUGGACAAAGUGGUGAACCUCCUGCUGUCUCUGUCAGGCCGCCUGGCCCGUGUGGAAAAUGCCCUCAAUAAUUUGGAUGACAGUCUUUCUCCUGGAGAUCGACAGUCACUGUUGGAGAAACAGAGAAUUCUAACCCAGCAGCAUGAGGACGCCAAAGAGCUUAAAGAGAACCUAGACCGUCGUGAGCGCAUUGUGUUUGACAUCCUGGCCACCUACCUCAGCGAGGAGAACCUGGCUGACUAUGAGCACUUCGUGAAGAUGAAGUCAGCCCUCAUCAUUGUGCAGAGAGAGCUGGAAGAUAAAAUCCACCUGGGUGAAGAGCAGCUCAAGUGCUUGUUCGACAGCCUGCAGCCUGAGAGAAGCAAUAAUGCCCUGUUAAUGCCAAAUACGUCCCUAUGGUGCAUGAGAGGAAAGACCCUGGUGAUUGAGCCAGGCAUGGGCUGCUGUGUGUUCGGUCCUUGUUCAUUCAACAAUGCAAGCAUUCACUGGGCUAUCAUCAUGAUGUUCUCUGACCCAGUAAAAAUCAGUGAUGAUGAUAAUUUAUUGAUGUGUGAGAAACAUGAAGUUUCCUAG